CGGGUCCAGCAUUUGAGCGAUCAACGGUUGGCCAAUAAGAGCCAGGUGCCCUGCGGACAAGUCUGUUCUCCCCGCCAUCAAUAGUGCUUUUUUUCCUCUUGCGGAACUGUAACCAAAGGCCAGGAAAGAGAAGAGGGAAUACCAAGGCCAUUUCCAUCAUGAAACUUCAGCUUAUUGCGCUCGUUUGCGGCGCCCUCGCUUUGGUCGAGGCCCAAAACUAUCCCCAACGCUUAAGCAUUCCCGGAGCGGUUGCAUCACCUGGUUCACAGCCCCACCGUCAGCCUGUGCUAAGGGUCCGUCGACCUGGACCUUCACUGCGCCAGCAAAAUGUUAUCCUACCAGCGGUUACGCAACGCAUCUCCCUUGAGGAACCGCGCCCAGUGACUGAGUCGGCGGAGGAUGAGCAACCGGAACCAUAUCUGCCAAACAUUCUGCGGGAGCAACAGCUGGCCCAGGCUCAACAGUCGCAGUUCCAGCAGGCAGCUGCCGCCUUCUUGGCUGGCCAGCAACCCGUUGAGCAACCCUCGCCGGUGCAGCAGUUUCUCCAAACCGAGGACUCGCAGCCGGCCGCUAUCUUGCCCCCUCCUGCUCGCUUCCCCGCCGAACGUCCCUCCAUUCCGACGCCUUUAAGCCGUCCGGCCGCCUUCAACGACUUUGGCAUCGGUCGAUUUGAGAACUCUCAGAGAUUUGGCCUGGAGCGUCCAACGCCUACUGCAGCUGCUCCGCCACCACCGCCUCCUCAGCCCCAACGGAUCACCGUGGUUCGAACGAGACCGGCAUCCGCCGCAGCCCUGCGUCCUGAGCCACCAGCACCACAGCCUGUGGCCAGGCCACGCCCUAAGCCCGUCCAGCCGCGUCCCAUUAUUGAUCAGAAUCAACUGCAGGACGACCGCGCCGAACAGCAGCAGCAACAGCGACGCCGGCAACCCGUUUCCCAGACCAUUCGCAAGUGGCGCGAGGAGAACGAGGAUGGCAGCAUCACCUGGGGCUACGAGAACGACGAUGGCUCCUUUAAGGAGGAGUUGAUCGGCACCGACUGCAUCACCAAGGGCACAUAUGGAUACAUCGAUCCUGAUGGCAACAAACGCGAGUACCACUACGAGACGGGCAUCAAAUGUGAUCCCAACAACCGCAACAACGAGGAGGAGCUGCAGGAGAACGGGUUCAUCAACUACGAGGAGAACCGCGCCGUGCUGCCCAACGGCCUGGAGAUCGACAUGACGCAGCUGGGCAAAAAGAAGUCAAAGCGCCCGAAUGGCAUCUACAGGAACUGAUCCUCCCCAGCACAUUUAGUCCCUUAAGUCAAGCAGCUCGUAGGUCGUCUUACUUGUAUUCCACUUAUAAUUAUGUCCAUACUCCAUUGAGUGUCAAGUGAAAGAUUAAAUAUGAUUAGAAUAGAG